CUGUCAUCUGGAGGAAACUCCUCCCCGCAGACACCGCGUCCUGUCGCCUCUCCAGCGCAAUGGUCUCCUGGAUCAUCUCUAGACUUGUGGUACUUGUGUUUGGUACACUAUAUCCUGCAUACUCAUCCUAUAAAGCUGUCAAGUCAAAAGAUGUGAAAGAAUAUGUGAAAUGGAUGAUGUACUGGAUAAUAUUUGCCCUAUUCAUGACUGUGGAAGUGUUUACAGACAUGUUUCUUUGUUGGCUUCCUUUCUACUAUGAACUGAAGAUUGCCUUUGUGGUGUGGCUGCUGUCCCCGUACACCAAGGGCUCCAGUGUGCUGUACAGGAAGUUUGUUCAUCCCACGCUUUCCUCAAAAGAAAAGGACAUUGAUGAGUAUAUCUGCCAAGCGAAGGACAAAAGCUACGACACGCUGGUGCAUUAUGGGAGAAAAGGACUGAAUGUUGCGGCCACAGCUGCAGUCAUGGCUGCAACAAAGGGCCAAGGAGUUCUAUCAGACAGACUGAGGAGCUUCAGCAUGCAGGAUCUGUCUUCCUACCAGUCCGACCCCGACAACAGCGACACCGGCACCACGCAGCCCACCGCGGCUCAGCACCGGACCAGAUCCAUGAUGCGCAGCAAGUCAGAGAGCUACAAGGGGCAGGAUUUUGACGUGGCUGAGUUUGAGGUGUUGAGGUUGGAGCAGUGGGACUCCAAGGAGCCUCCGUCCCCGACCCUCUCGGCUCCUGAGUCCGAGCCCGCACCGGCCUCUGUGACGCCCCCGUCCACCCCGCCCUCCACGCCCUCUCCGCCUCCGGAGCAGCCCGAGGAGGUGGAGAAGGAGGCGAAGGCGGCGUCCAGCUCCCCACAGCUCAGGCUGGUUAAGAGGAGGGCUCCGGAGCCUCCUCAUAGAGUCUUAAGGCCUCUCACAAGAUCCAGGAGUGCUCUUUCUUCAAACAAUGAAGCCAUGUGAAAACUGUCCUCAAGACUCCUCCAGCUGCCUUCGCUGCAAGAAGUUUAAAAAAAGAAAAAGAAAAAAAAAAUACUGAAUGGCCAAAAGCUACAUGACUGAAGCAGCCUUGCUUUGGAAUAAGGUAUUACCAAAGUGACCUACGAUGACCCCUCUAUAUACGAUUAUAUAGCUAGCGGCUCAUGAUUUAGACAAAAUGAGGUUUGUGACACUGAGAUAGAAGAUGAGGUGAGUGAAUGGGCUGAUAGACACUUUGUUGGUUAUUGAAUAUGUAUUUAUGUACAGUAUGCGUGUACUUCAUCUUUAUGAUUUCGUUGUUUUUAUAUAUAUAUAUAUCAGGUCAGGGUCGGCAAUCGCAUGCGUGUCUUCCCGGUCGUUGGUCCGCUGUGGGUUGAACAGAAUGUACUGUCACUGAAAACUACAGCUGGCUCUGAGAGUGACGCGCUCACUGUAAGAGAAUGUGAAACAAGCCAAGGAUCAAAGCAAAAGGCGAGGCUGUUUGUAAUCCUAAUAAAUCUGUUUUUUUGUUUUUUUU